CUUGCCCUUUGCAGGAAGAUGAGGAUCUUCUGCCUUCUGCUGCUGGUCCUUGGUGAGGCCUGGAGCCAUGUAACCCCAAGACCCAACUUCGUGCUGCUGAUGGCCGACGACCUUGGCAUCGGGGAUCCUGGCUGCUAUGGAAACAAGACCCUCAGGACUCCCAAUAUUGACCGCUUGGCUGGAGGGGGAGUGAAGCUCACGCAACACCUCGCGGCUGCGCCCCUGUGCACCCCCAGCAGGGCGGCCUUCCUGACGGGCCGGUACCCCAUCCGAUCAGGAAUGGCAGCUCAGAACCAGGUGGGAGUUUUCAUCUUCUCGGCCUCUUCGGGGGGGCUUCCCCCAAGUGAAAUUACCUUCGCCAAGCUUCUGAAGAGUCAAGGCUACACAACAGCUCUGAUAGGGAAGUGGCACCUCGGCACCAACUGUCACAACAGCAGCGACUUCUGUCACCACCCCUUAAGCCACGGCUUCGACUAUUUCCACGGGAUCCCUGUGACCAACCUGCGGGAUUGCAAGCCGGGAGAAGGCAGCGUGUUCACCACAGCCUUCCGGCUGCUGGUCUUCAUACCGCUGCAGGUCCUCGCGCUGGCGCUGCUCACCCUGGCGGGGCUCCGGUGGCUGGGGCUCUUCCGCGUGCCCCCCGCCCUCAUCUUCAGCCUCCUCUUCCUGGCCGCCCUGGUCCUGGGCCUCCUGCUCUGCUUCCUGCACUUUUUCCGGCCCCUCAACUGCUUCCUGAUGAGGAAUCAUGACAUCACUCAGCAGCCCAUGUCCUACGACAACCUCACUCAGAGGCUGACGGCGGACGCAGUCCGCUUUAUCCAACGGUGGGUACCGCCUUCGUCCCCAGGCCGCCUGGGACGCGUGGCACGCUCUUCCGGCAUCUGCGGGGUGAUCAUGGGACCCUCGGGGGAUCACCCCAGUCUUGACUAUGCGGGCGUGUGCCCAAGAGAGAGGAGGCAAGUGUGCAUCCUUGACUCCAGAGGAUGUUCUUAUGCUGUUGGUGCCCAUGGUGAGCUUAACCGGCAGCCUGCACAGCCAGACGUGGGCAUCACUGGGGCGGCCGCCCACAUCCUGAGCACGGCACGUGGUUCAGAACUGUCCCUGGUGAUGCUUCAUUCAGACGGAAUCUUCUGGUGGUCUCCGCCCGGAGCCCCGACGCCACCGCGUCCCCCGCUGGGAUCGUGUGAGAGAGCUCAGCAUACGAGACCAUUUCCGCCUCCCCCUCGAAAACUGAGGGACAAGUCGAUGAGGGUAAAUCACAUCCCUGUCUUGGUAAAGUUUGGACGGUUUGAACACAGUUUCUUCUCCCUUUCAGGGCAGAUCCUGGACGUUCUAGAUGAGUUGAAGCUGGCUAAUAACACCCUCAUCUAUUUCUCUUCGGACCAAGGAGCCCACGUAGAGGAGGUGACUGUCAAAGGGGAACUUCACGGAGGCAGUAACGGAAUCUAUAAAGGGGGGAAAGCCACCAACUGGGAAGGAGGCAUCCGAGUCCCAGGCAUCCUGAGGUGGCCAGGAGUGAUCCAGGCAGGGCUGGAGCUUGAUGCACCUACAAGCAACAUGGACCUGUUUCCUACGGUGGCCAACCUCGCCGGGGCCCCUCUGCCGGAAGACAGGAUCAUUGACGGACGUGACCUGAUGCCCCUGCUUCUAGGGCAAAGCCAGCGUUCUGAUCAUGAGUUUCUCUUCCACUACUGCAACUUCUAUCUGAACGCCGUACGCUGGCACCCACGGAACAGCACGUCCAUCUGGAAAGCCUUCUUCUUCACACCCAAGUUCUCCCCCGAGGGCGCCAAUGGAUGCUUUGCCACACACGUGUGCUUCUGUCACGGGCAUUCCAUCACCCACCACGACCCUCCUUUGCUGUUUGACAUCUCCCAAGACCCGCGAGAGACAGACCCGUUAACUCCGACAUCCGAGCCCCGGUUCUGGGAGAUCCUGGAGGUGAUGCAGCAAGCGGCAGCCCACCACACCAGGACCCUGCAGGACGUCCCUGAUCAGCUGUCACCGGGAAACAUCAUCUGGAAGCCGUGGCUCCAGAUGUGCUGCUCCUGGUCUGGUCUGUCCUGCCAGUGUGACCGGGAAAAGGAGGAGGGGAGAGGGAGCCAUUAGCUGUGGGCCUCCUCCUCCAUCACGGAUGCACACUGGAAGCAGCCCUGACAUCACCCGGAAUGCAGAUCGGUUCUCUGUCUUAUCACCUGGUGGCUCCAUCAAGAGCCACACAGUUAGCCCACGGGGGAAAAAAAAUCAAGGUUUGUAGGAAGUAGAGACACAGGUGUUCAGGUUACGUCUUCCAUGGCCAACGCUCAUGGGAAAGCAGCGGACCGGAUUCUAAUGAGCGUGGCCAACACCGGGGCAGACAAAGUAGGCAGGUGCACAGGUAACCCAUUCACCUCCCAGCUAAUGUGCAUGACCAGCAGUAGAAGGUGUCACUUCUUCCACAGGCCAGUCUGAGGCAGCGGCCACCGUGAUUCCCCACAGUGCACUAUGAAAGAGGGAGUGCGCUUGAGAGAGCGUUUACGAAAUCAAACCCGGGCAACGUUACAAUGAAUAACAACAGACCAUGUUCUUAACCAGUAAUGGAUGAUGAUGUGUUCCAGUUUGGUUUUUGGAAGGCAGUCACUGUCAGUGUUAUUUCCAAUGCAUAUGGGAUACCCUUCGUGAUGUAUAUGUUUAUAUACAAUUUCUUUCUUUGAGAAGUUUACAGUAUUUAAAAUCAGAAACUGGGGAGUUCCCGCUGGGGCACGGUGGGUUAAGAAUCUGACUGCUGAGGCUCGGGUCGCUAUGGAGGUGGAUAUGCAAUCCCUGGCCCGGGAACUUCCAUAUGCUGAGGAUGCAGCCAUAAGAAUAAAAAUGAAAUCCAAAACUAGAAGCUUGUCAUUAUUUAAGUAAAAACAGUAGAGGCUCACAGAUGGUUUCUACGACAAACUUUUGGGUGACAUCCUCAGGGGGAAUUAAUACCAAGACCAAUCCCCCCUCUACGAAUUUCCAUCCCACAGUUGGUAGUAUUUGAUUUGGGUUCUGCUGUUUCUUUGGCAAACAGCAUUCUGCAUGAAAACAGUACUUCAGCAAUGCCACGGGUCAAGGAGUCCCUUCUCACAGAAUGCAGAAGUGUUGGCGCGUCAAAUGUAUGAUACUUUGUGUGUGAGGGGGAAAACGCAAGCAAACCGUGACCCAUGAUCAUGAAACCUUGUGUCCUUGCAGAAUUUGGUGAUGAAAGAACCAUGCUUCAUGUUUGUCCUGCUGUUUGGGGCAGUCAGAUCCGGUGGCUAAGAAAUAGCUCUGCCUUGAAUCUGCCAUGCAAUGCGCAGUUUCGUUUGAAUUCCAUUUCCCCACCCUCAGUAACACAGGGACAAAUCAUAACCAGGUCACGUAGGAGAUGAGCACGUGGGGACAGAGCUGCAGCAUCUGAACCACCAGCACCCCCCACCCCAAGGAAAAAAUUCACCUGUGUGCCGAACACAGAUGUUACCUUCUGACACAGUGCGGCCUCCAGCAGUGCCAUGCAAAUCCCUAUACUCGUCAGUCCACAGCAGCCACCGUCCACCUGCUCCCCCACUCCCUGUCCCCUCUUUUGGGAACAUGUCUUGGCUUCUGCUCUUGGCUCAGGGUUUUCUGGUCCUAUGAGAUUUCAAGUCAGUGGAGUAUCCCACCCCACCGGGCACCUUGAAAAGAAUGCAGUAUCUCCGGCUUUCUGACAGUGGCUCUGAUUUCUGAUUCUGAUUUCCUCAAUUUGUCCCCCCUGAAGCAUUUCUAAGAUCCAACAGCAUCUCCCCAGCUUGUCUAUUUCAAAUUUUACCCUUGCUUUUUUCUUAAAAAAUGAAUUCCUGCUCCCCCUGCCCCUGCCCCAGGAACGGGUCAAAGUUGGAAAACAAACAGGAUUCUGUCUUUGACUGCAUAUUUCUCAUUCCAGAAUUAGCCAAAAAUCCAUCAUAUUGCUUUAGAAAUUGUCUCAGUAAAGAAUGCAUGAGCAUGUGAAUAAAGUGAUCGGAUUAUUGCUAUUAUCAUGCAAAAACAGAAGCCACUCUUAGGAACUUAUGUUUUAAAAAUGAUCGUGUUUACUCAGAGCUGAACAUACUUCCUGCAGGUGGAUUUUGACAGAACCUUUGAUGAUGUGGGAAAUGUGUGAGGAUGAAAUAACUUGAAGGACUUGUAUAGACGAUGUGACUACAUAGCUAUGUGUAGAAUUAAUUGUUUAAUCUGUACGAUGUCGACAGCCCAUGAAGGAUGCAUAUGCCUCUAGAGGUACAAUGAGCUUUAAGGUAUGUGCCUCAAAAUAGCUUGGAUCCCCAUUGUGUUUCAGGGUAUUUGAAAAUCAGGUUUAUGUGUAAUCCUUCACACCACUUCACCUCCGAACGUUUUCCUUGGAACGUACAACAGGAAAUUUGAAUUCCUUCGCCUGUGAGCUCUUGGGCUGCAUGUCCGCACCUCAGUGGGUUUUGAAACUCGCAACAAAUUCUUUUUAAAAAGUCUUUAUAUUUCUAGAAUCCCAUAGAUGUUAAAAGCUAAGCAAACAGCAACCUACAGACAGGCGUUGCUUGACGGCGUCCGCAAUGCUGCUUGAAGAGCAAAAAAUCGCAAAAUCGAGGUAUGGACGUGUUCCAGAAAGGAAACAGAUUUCAGUGUCCCUGAAAGGGUAUCCAUGAAGGAAGAGGGAAGAAACGGGAAACGUAUUUGGCACGUGUCUGAACAAAGCGAUCUGGGCAGGGAGCGCAUCUGUGAAGGUUUCUGAGAACCUCAUUCCAAUGUCAAUGCAAAAUGAAAAUAAAAUUUUCCUUGGCAAUGAAA